AUGGCAGACGAGAAGAAAACAGAGAAGACAGUGGUGGCACCGGGAUCGGACACUGUUUCCGAGGAUGUCGAGACGCAAGGCUGGGACGCAGCAGCGACGAAAAAACUUCUUCGCAAGCUAGAUUGGCACAUUAUUCCGUUCAUGUCUUUGAUCUACCUACUAUGCUUUCUCGACCGCACCAACAUCGGCAAUGCGCGCCUCGACCAUCUAGAACAAGACCUCAAACUCCACGGCCUCCAAUAUAACGACUGUCUUGCCAUUCUCUUCCCCUUUUACAUCGCCGCCGAAAUCCCCUCCAACAUCAUGAUGAAGCGCACACGCCCGUCCAUUUGGCUCACCUUCAUCAUGUUCUUCUGGUCCGCUUGCAUGAUCGGGCAAGGCUUUGUGAAAAACUACUCCGGCCUCAUGGCGACGAGAGUAUUCCUCGGUGUCUUCGAAGGAGGGUUGUUUCCGGGUGUGAACUAUUACAUCACGCAGUGGUAUGCAAGGAAUGAGUGUGGAUUUCGCAUGGCGCUUUUCUUUAGCGCUGCAACUCUGGCGGGAGCGUUUGGCGGGAUACUGGCGAGAGGAAUCGCGGAGAUGGACGGCGUUGCGGGGAUCGCGGCGUGGUCGUGGAUUUUUAUACUCGAGGGACUGUUGAGUAUUGUUGUGAGCAUGGCGGCGUAUUGGUGCAUCUACGAUUAUCCCGCGACCGCGACAUUCCUGAACACGGCAGAGCGCAACGAAGUCCAACGCCGCCUCCAAGCAGACCACGGCCACCUCUCCAACGAUUUCGACAUGAAAUAUGUCUGGCAAGCCCUGCGCGACUGGAAAAUUUACAUCCACUGCCUCAUUUUCUGCAUGGCUGGUUUCUGCCCCAUUUACUCCUUCGCCCUCUUCCUCCCAACCAUCAUCAAGAACAUGGGCUACACAGCCAACAACGCACAACUCAUGUCCGUCCCACCCUACGUCUGCGCCUGCGCCUUCACAAUCGGCGCCAGCUGGUUCGCAGAUCGCGUUAAAAAGCGCGGGAUCUUCCUCAUGGCGUUCCAGUUGGUUGCGAUUUUGGGAUUUGGCAUGUUGGCGGGGAGUGGCAAGGCGAGCGUGCAGUAUACGGGGACGGUGUUUGCUGCAAUUGGGAUAUAUCCGCAGAUUCCACUUAGUAUGGCAUGGAACUCGGGGAAUAUUGGGGGCAGUUUGAAGAGGGGGACGGGGAUCGCUAUGCAAGUCAUGGGAGGGAACUGUGGAGGGAUUAUUGCUAGUUAUGUUUAUCUGACGAGGGACGCGCCGAGAUUCAUCACAGGGCAUAGUAUUCUGAUUGGGUUCGUGAGGUGAGUUAUUCCCCCCUUCUUUUGCAUCUCGGUGUGGUUUGUAGAAUGGUUGAUUGGCAAUUGUUUGGCUGACCUGAGUGUAGCGUGGCGUUCUUCCUGACGCUUU